AUGUUGUUGUACGAAAAAUAUGUGCCCUGGUAGAAAAUAACGUCAGCACAGAGCUUUGGGCAUACAUUUAUGUAAGGGAUUCGAGAAGAACUAAGAAAUUGUAAUUAGCUGUUUGCUAAUUUGCUUUCAAGAAACAAACACUGUAUGUUAAAACUGUGAAACGCAGUUUGAAUUGUUCUUCUUAUGAGGUGUUGGUUAUUAAACCCCUGAAUGGGAAGUACAUGCCUUUCACUUUUUAUUUGUUAGCGAAAACCUGAAGCGUGGUUAAUUGAUUCAAAUGAAAGCUUUCAAAACGAUCGUCUUGCAAUUUUAGUUAGCUUUAUUUUAUUGUUAUUGGAAGUGAAAUCGGAUGAAAAAUGAAAAGAGACGACGCGUCGACGCACUGAGCACCUGAAUUUUAAAACCAAAGAAUAAGGUUUAGAUGUGACAUUGUAAGGCAAAUAAAAAUUAUAGGGGUACGUUUGGACGAACGAUGAAAAGUGUAGUAAACAAUUCCCAGCAGGUGAAAAAAAUGAAUAAAUUAAUAUUCAACAUAUAAACCCGUUGCACCUUAACCGCCAAAUUAAUUUCUCUGUUGCGAAAGAAAAAAGAAGAAGUAAACAUUUUAAGAACAUUGGCAACAUAGCUGACAUGUACUCGUUCAGAAAUAACGCUAUAUUUCGUAAGUGAACAUGUCUGUACUUAAAUGAACGUCCUCAGAUGACCAAGUUAUCUCUUGAAAAAGUUUUGUUUACACAAGGGCUGGUGACGUUUAGCAGGUAAAUGUGAUGAGAAUAUGAUAAAUGAUAAUGACGAUUUGCGUUUAAAACCAAGUGUUUCCGAGGAAAAAGAAAAGUGCGUGGCUUCGUAAAGCGAAAGUGGGCUUCUGGCCGUUUUUAACAUAUAACACAGCUUCGUCAAAAUGAAUACGAACUGCUACGAAGUUUACUUUAGUGGUACAGAACGCUUCCUUGUUGUGUCAUGCUGAAUAUUGCCGCAGCAUCGAAAAGAAGGAAGUUGAAAGUUUAAAUCACUUAAGACGUAGAAUACGUCCCUUAAAAGGGAGUUUUUUUUUUUUUCAGAUAGUGUCUUAAAAACGUACUGAGUUGGAAACCGAAAUUUAUUUGAAAAUUUGUACUUAAUGUAGUUCACUUUCAUAUCCUUUGAGGUUUCUUCAUUAAACUGUUGGAAACCGUAACUCUCCUAAUAACAGAUUUUAAUUUGUCGGUCGGAGUUGGAGUUUGCAUGUUAAGUAAUGGAUAUUUUAGCUGGCAGUCGUCACCAAACUUUUUCUAGCCAAUUAUCAGGGCGGGUCUAUUUUAAUUGCAAAUGUGCGAUGCUAACUUUUAACUUUAACAACACCAUACAAACUCUAAUUAUGCUUUAUAUUAAAGUCUUAUUCAUAUUAUUAUAUUAUAUUAAAGUCUUAUUCUAUAUUGACUGUGCUUCUGUGCUGUUAAUUUCGUCAAUAUCUCAGGCAAAGCAUUUUAUUUCUAAAUUGUCAAUGUAUUUAGUAAGAAACUGCUAAUUGAGGAGAAUUUUUUACGUCUCCUACUGGAGAUAGGACCGCCACUUCUAAGUACUCAUCCGAGCAAAGGACUAGCUUUUUGCAAAGCAAAGGCAGUAUACCAUCAUUUCUCAAUUAUUCUAAGACCCUGAAUAGUGAUGCGGCCCCAGAGAUCGACCCCGCGACCAUCCGCUCUGCAGACAAGCCCUGUACAAGCUAAGCUACUCCUGCUGCGGUAAUUACCGGAGUGGGGGAGGGGGGGUUUACUCAACAUAGUUUUAUCCGGGGAGGCUCCGCCCGGAGGUCGGUCCAACCCCUUAUCCGGCUUUGACAUACCAUUUUUGACUGAAAAGGUACCCCUUUUCUACGCCUUCUUUUAACAAAUGAUACCCUCUCUUAUAACUAAUUUAGAAUUUUGCAUCCCUUUUAAGUAGUGUAAAGGCACUGAAUUUAAAAUAUGAAUAAAUCACAAAACCAGAACGUUUUCUCGACUUUUUCACAGCCAUAAAAUAAAUCUGUGAGCCCUUUUGGGCCUUUUUACGUACCGAAAUAACCGAUAACCCUACACUUUCAUAUACUUCAACCAGUAAAAUCCCUACCCUUUCAUAUACCUGAAGCCUGAAAAAGGUUCCCCUUUCAGGCGGAGCCUCCCCGUAUACGCCAUUGUACUGGGUAUCCCCCCCCCCCCGAGGGGUAAAUAGUGAGGUAAUAGGAAGAUACCGCUUAGUGAUGGGUGGACAGUCUAUCUUAAAUUAUUUGCUACCAAUAAAAGUGAAGUCCUGGCGAGUGAAACAAACCACCGGAUGUUACGUUUUACUUAUAGUGGAGAUAGAGUUACAUAUCCGCAGUUUAGGUGUUCAUACUAUACCGGAUAACACGAAAAUAUCCGCUAUAGCGUGUACAUAGCCUUAGUAUUCCGCCCUUUUUGGUUACUUGCCGUUCUAGAUUUUAUAGGUAAAUGAUACACAUAUAGGUAGACGUCUUUCUAAAGUGCUUCGGAAAUUGCCUUGAAAAUUCAGUCGAGCCACCUUGAGAGUAACAACUAAUUUAAGAUAGACUGUGCACCUAUCACUAAGCGGUCUCUCAAUUAGUUCUUUAGCGAGCUACAAAGUCAACAUGUCAACCUAAACUACUACUCAAUAAUUUGUUCUAGUUGAAAUGACAGCAUAUCUUCUUCACUCUGUUUUGUUAACCUCCAAUUUUCGUGUACCCAUAUUUUACGAUAUCCAUGUCGUCAAAGUACAUAUAACAUCUUAUUUUGUAUUAAUAUUUUUGGAUAGUUCUUUAGCGAGCAGCAAAGUCAACCUGUCUUAACAAUGUUAGGAAUCGGCUUAACUAAUGCGUUUGAUGCAACGACAGGUUAAUUUGUAGUUAAGUAUCUUCAAAUUUAACUUGCCAGUUCCUGUUUAUAGACCUCUAUAAUAAACUGAAUAAAUUUGCUAUUUCGUUGAAAAGCUGUUUUGUCCGAGGAAGUUCAUCUUGUGUAGCUUUGCAGCUGAAGAAACCUAACGUUAACUCAAAUCGACGUUUCUUUUCCAUAAAGCUUAGUCAGUGGCUUUCAACACCAAUGGCAAUCAACACCAAUGGAACAUUUGUAACAACGAAGAUACUAUCCGGAGUAUGGAUAUUUCUUAUAGCCUUCAACAAGUGAACCUGUCUAAAAAAUGUUAUGAGAGUAAGUGACACGUUUCAUACAACGGCAGGUGAAUUUGGAGUCUCAGUCUAUUUUUUAAUUUAACUUGCCAGUUUCUGUCUAGAUCUGUCACAAGUGAAUUAACUAUUUCGUUCACAAGCUGUUUUGUCCUCUGUAGCCUUGCAGCUGAAGAAACUGAACAUUAACUCAAAUCGACGUUUCUUUUUCAUAAAGCUAAAUCGGGGGCUUUCAACACCAAUUGCAAGCAAUACGAAUGAGACAUUUGAAGUUACGAAGGAGUUCACAUAUUUCUCGGCAUAUCCUUAAACAUUUCUCUUUCCAUCUAACUGAAAUCGGCGUUUCCUUUGCAUAAAGCUUGAUCGGGGUUUUCAAAACCGAUGGCAAACAACGCUAAUGGAGCAUCUGUAAUAGCGAAGAUACCAUCCGGAGUGUGGAUAUUUCUUAUAGCCCUGAACAUUUUCCUUUCAAUCUUUGUAACUCUGGGCAAUGUUCUCAUCCUAGUUGCUCUACGAAACGUUUCCUCCAUUCAUCCACCGACGAAGCUCCUAUUUCGAUGUCUGGCGAUAACUGAUCUUUGUGUUGGUCUUCUUUGUCAACCACUUUACGUUUACGUUUGGUACAUUACAAUCUCUCUUGAUAUUGGUAACCGCAUCGUGGAACUAGCUUACGUAUAUGUGUUUAUCAUUAACGUGUUGGUUGCGGUAUCCAUCCUAACAUCGGCUGCCAUCAGUGUUGACAGACUUCUCGCUCUCUUACUGGGACUGAGAUACAGACACGUUGUAACUUUAUGCCGAGUUCGGGUGCUCAUAGCUUGUGUUUGGUUCAUUGCUGUUUCAAACGCUUCUUUGUUGUGCGUGGCUUGGAUCCUAUUUCAUGAUAAGUUAGAACUUGCCUCGUUGUGGACCCUCCGAGCUUUUACCAUUUUUUCUAUAAUAGUCUCAACAUUUUCGUACUCGACGAUUUUUUUCACCCUCCGUCAUCAACAAGCCCAAGUGGAAGAUCAUGUUCAACCAGAACAGUCAAGCAGAGUAAGAAGUGUACUAAACAUAGCACGAUACAAGAAGACAGUGUAUAGCGUAGCUUGGAUACAGUUUGCUAUGCUUGCUUGUUAUUGUCCUAACAUCGUGAUGGUAUUUCUUUUGCACUUAGGAAAUAUAGAUGAUUCCAUUGAAAUAAGAAUCGCGGAUGAAUUUUCCGUUUGUCUCGUCUUUUUAAAUUCAUCUCUGAAUCCUGUCCUUUACUGUUGGAGGAUCAAAGAUGUCAGACGGGAAGUACAAAACACCAUUCGUAAGUGUCUUUGCUGUUGA